AAGGGAGACAUACUCUUAGAGAUGAUGACAGAUUUAUUAUUUGAGUGUGUUUCUGUAGAACCCUGGCCCUAACCCUUAUUAACUGAUAGAGUCAGGGAUCUAUGUGAAGUACCUUGUAGCAUGCUGGACGUGGAAUUGAUUUAAAAAAACUGAAAGUUGCUAUUUCAUUGUUUUCAAGAACUUUUUUACAGUGUUGGUUAGCAUAUAAGUUAGGUAAGGUGAAGAGAAAGGAAGCCUCUUUUAAACACAGAGCCUCUUUCUUGGGUCCUGUCACUCAGGGUUGCUGCCUGCCUUGCCAACAGAGUGCACCUGCUUCAAAGUGAGUGAUGAGUUUACCAGAGAUGAGGUUCUCAGCACUGGAAACAGGAAAACCAGUGUCAGUGAGAAAACUACAAUUCAGACUUUUCUAUCAUCUGAGAAGUGGGGGUUUGCACGGAGAGCUUAGUAGCUCAUAAGGAGAUGGAAAUAGGAUCCAAAGGGUUUUGAACCUGCCCACAGCCUUCCUAGAGCCUGUUACCUGUUGCUUGGAUCCUCAGGCACAGACUUGCUCAUAAGUGCUGGAUUUCUGAACCCACCACUGAAAUGGUCCUAGGAAAGAGCAGAGGUGGACAAAGAGGACAGCAGGGGUCUGCCAGAGCGCUUCCUCGGGUGUGUGGGGCUGAUUCCUUGCUGGAAAUAGGCUGUAUCGGGCGUUAGGCUUUCUGAACAGAGAUGAACAGAAGGAAGCAGUGUGGAAAGUAGCUGUCAAGACAUUGCAGUUUAAAAAUCACAGUAAAAACCAAGUUGCUUUUUAUUGGCCUGUGUAAAGCUAGGCAGAAAAGCCUGGCAGUGCGGUGAGUGAGCUUCUUAUCCAUGCACUUGAGUUAAACCUUGCAACUGGUUCAUCCCAGUCUUUGCUCACAUGUUUGUGUGUGGAUACAGGUUACAGAUUUAGUGCUGUUCUAAGAAAUAGCAGUAGAUGGCAGUUGAACUCCAGUGGAUCUAUUAUUUUUCCAAUAAAGAUUCAAGAGAGAUUUGGGCAUGGGUGUUGAAAUAUUGAAGCUGAAUCUUAAAUCAUUACCAUAUUUGUUUUAUUGUUAUUUACAGAAUCAGCUAACUUCAUAUAAGGAAAGUAAACUUAGUAAUAGGUAUCUGGGUUUUUGUAUAGAUCCAAUAGGUUUUUCUGUUGUGCAUACUAGUGUGGUUAUGUUGCAAUGAUUGGUGUUCUUGCCUAUUAGAGUCCAAAACUUUAUUAAUUUGCAGUUCCUCCAAAAUUGUAUUGGUAUAGCUAAUACAAAGUACAGUAUUUUAAAUGCACUAAUAAUUCUUAACUAGAGGAAACCAUUUGCUAACAUUGCAUGGUACAGUGCAUUUUUAGAAAUAGACCUAAACACUUGAUCAGAAUGCCAAAUCCAGUUUGAUAUGACAGAAAUGGCUUAUUUCUAAAAUCACUUUAGCAUAUACAUUGAAACACUGUGGUAAACCACCACUGCAAUGAAAAACAUUCUACGAAUGAGAAAACCUGAUAAAAUAUUUCCUUUUAGAUGAAAUAAGCAACUACAGUUUCCAACAAAAAUCCUUCCUAAAAUGCUUAGAGAUUUGGACUUAAACGAGGGAGCAGUGUGACCUUUAGACCUCUGAUGAGCUGCCCCAGACUGCAGAUGCAGAUAUUGUCUAUUAGGUUUCAUAGUAUUAGGGAUGGAGCAUGGGCUUGUGCAUGAUAGGCAAGGGCCCCCAUUGAGCUGCACAUCCACCUCCUUUGUUUCCUUUUGAUCCUUGAGUUGCCCAGGCCAACCUUGAACUUGCAAUUCUAUGUCAGCCUACUGAACAGCAGGGAUUACGGGUGUGCACCUCCAGCGCAGAUUUCUUUAAAAGACCCAUGUCUUGGGUCUAAAUCCUGUUCAGUAGGAUAGCAGAGUGAAGGAGAUAAAGUGUGCUUACUCUGCUGGAUUAUGUACAUGGACUGCAAGAAGGGAGACAUACUCUUCGAGAUGACAUCAGGUUUAUUAAGAGUUCUCUCCUUGUUUAUCUCUGUGCUGUGCUUCAGUGAAUAACAGCAUUCAAUGGGGGCAUAGCUACAAGUGUCUUUAUAGAGAAGUAUAGAAGAUACAAGUGUCGUUACCAGUAUCUUUAUAGUCAAGUAUCUUUAUCAGAUGUCUAACAGAGAAAACAGUUGUUAUAAAGGACUGAAUAAAAUAUGUAUCAUAAGAUUUGUGUCACCAUCUGUUAAGUCACAAAGCUUUAGGAUAAUCUGUAUUGAUUCCCUAAAAACUAAAAAUUUUAAUUACAACGUAAGUUGGAAAUGCCUUUAAAGCUCUACCACUGAAAAAAGACAGCCAGGCCAGAUGGGACUGUAGUUUUGCUAACUGAUGUGGACAAGUUCCCGGUUCCUUUUGUGAAGCCAGCAUCACUUUAGUAUCUAAGCCUGUACAUUCUAGACUACUCCCACUCAUAAAGGUCUGGUACAGGAUGCUUAGUUGUCUUUGUGCUGUAUGUGAAUUUCUGAGAAGAGGGACCCAGUAGACAGAGAUGCACAGGUCAAGUGAGGUGCACCCAUUGGGUAGGUGAUGAGUGCCCAUGCUGACCCAGCCACUUCGUGAGCCUGUGUUUCUGCCGUUCCACUGCAAGUGCACAGCCGGCAGCAGCUUAGUAUUGGGAAAGGGGCUUUCCCAUGACACUGUGGACCAUGCUUGUGAACUGCUGAUCUUGGGUAACCUGAAAUGGCUCAAUCAGCAAACAUUUAGUAGACAAAUCAGAGAACCAAAGGUGGGGUUGGCUCUGCUCUUCCCCUGAUCUUCAGCCCCACUCCUGGCUUCCCAUCUUUUCCUUUCAGGUAUUCAGGUGUUCAGCUGGGCAGUCUCAAGGCCAUCACAGGAAGCACUUGCAGGAGCUCCACACACAACCUUACCACAUCUACUCCUUCCACUGCACUCCAAGGGAAUCACUUUGCUCAAGGUUUCAUCUUUAAAAAUAGGUAUGUCACCUAUUCAUGGCUGAGGUUGAUGCUGUGCUUAUCAAGGAUGACUGCAAACAGUCACUUUGGUCAUCUUAUCAUUCGGCCACCCUUUGUGGUUAGUGUCUCCCUUCUGGGACGGGAGAUGGCUCGGAAGGAUAAGCAGCUUGGCCCACACACCAUUCAGGGAUGAGAUUUGCAGCCCAUGCCUUUGACAGUAUGCCUUAUCCUGUACACUCUUGGAAAGUGAUGGGCACCCAAGGGAUAGGAUAGGGAGUCAGAGUUUUUCUACUUUCACUGUUUUUCUCUAGAUGAUAUGAACUCUGAGCAUCAAAUUUUCCUAUUGGUAAGAGAAUAGCUUUGAUGACCCAAUAGGUUUCUUUAUAUUUCUGUUACAUGAUCACAUGUAGGCAUUAAGGGAUCAUUUUUCAUUUCUUAGUGUACAUUUUUUCAAACAACUUUUGUGAUUUAUUCACCAAAAACCAAAAACCUUAACUCCCCAAAAGAAAUUGACUAGCCACUAGGUGGCAGACUAAGCUCAGCUCCAACUGUCUGUACAUUGCAGAUACCAGACACACAAGAAACCAGGGUAUUUGCAAAUAAAACCAUGGCUCCUGCCCAUUAAACGUAUCCCAGAACAACCUCAUCUGCCUGCCUAGCCUUGUCCAAGCACAGUGCUGCCUGGUAGAGGGAAGUGGGCGGGUUGUGGAAUUUGCCAGCCUGACUGUGUGCUUAGUAAUCACUUUGCAUUUUGUCUUUUGACUUAACCCAAGAGAUGUAAAAUAAGUUCUUGCCAUGACUUAUACCCCUUCCUUACUGUUCCACACUUGGAGAAAAAGGUGGCAGCCUGGUCAGGGUGAUAGAUUCACAAGUGUCCUGUCUUGUUGACUCCUGAGGACUUGAAUGCCUCAAAGAUUCCUGCACCCUGAAGGGUCCAGGGUUUUUUGCCAGGGACCCCUAGGGUUGUGUCUCCAUUCCCUCCUGUGUGGCACUCCUGCUCCACCCAGACCAGGAGAAGUUACAGAAUGUGGUCGUUGACUCCUCUCAAGAGAUCCGUGUGUCUAGUUGCAUUGAAUAGAUGUGGAAAAGUCAUGGCUUUGGAGUUGGAUUUAAAAGAGAAUGCGGUGGGGUUCAUUUAAAUCACCUGGGGACACUAACAGCAACAGCCAUGAAGGACAGGUUCCUGAGGACUGGCUGUGCAUGGUGCAGUGUCACCUGGAAGUUACAUGAGGGUUCCGGCUCAUGUAAGCCUAAUGUCUGGGGUCAAUGAACAGCUCAGCAUGUCUUUGGCAGCUUUGUGGGUGUGUAAUGUUACCAAGGACCAAGUGUUUUCCAUUUUCCCAUCCUCAACACAUUGGCAUAUGCCUCAUGGUUGCAAAGUGACUGCCCUAGCAGAGACAUCCCAUCCUUUCAUGGCUUCUAGAUCCAGAAAGGAGACAGGCAGGACAUGGGACUGAGAAUAAGAUGACUUUUUUUUCUCAUGUGGUUCUCUCAUUUUUCAAGAAAACAUCUUCCACAGCACUUCUCUUGCCCAUAGCAGAUAGAAGUGGUUGUCUCCCUACUCUGUUCAGGGCUCACAGAGGGCCUGAUUUUUCUCAGCUAGCCAAAACCAACCAUGAGUCAUCACAGCUGGGUUUUAACAAAUAGAAGGCAGCAUGGGUUAGAGUCUUUGAAUAAUGACAAUCUCUUUGGGAGAAGGCUUUUCUAAGCUGAAACCAGAAGGUGGAACGAGGCUCAGGCUGUGUUAUCCCGAGCCUGGUCGUGGGGAUCCCAAUAAGACAGGAGAUGCUCAAGGAAAUGAGCCAGCUGGGGUUCGACUGCACCACAGUUGGAGCAUCAUCAUGGCAGAAAGGUGGGCUGAGGUGCUUGGGGGCUGCACUGGUGGGCCCUGCUCUGUUAGGGGACCAGGCCCUGCCUUUUCCAGGUCCAGAACCCCUGCUCUGUCUGCUCACCCAUAAAUGGUUUGGGCUCGGGUGGCUUCCAAGGUCAGGUACCUCCCACACCCCCCACAGACCCUAUGCCCCCACUGCAGCCUGGAUCCUCCCUAAGAUAGGCUGCGCUCCUGGGAGCAUCUAUGGGUGUCACCCAGCUAUGACUCACCUUUGCCUAGCUCCCACCCUCAGAAGCAGGACUGGUCUGACAGGCCCAGGUGCCUCUGCAUUGUCCGGCUGCCUCAGUGGCAGCCCAGUCUCAGAGCUUCUGCUGAUGUGGACAGAAAUACGACGAUCAGGAGCUCCAGGCCACAUCUCCAGCCCUAGGGAGAGUCAGGGUCUCGUACCUCAGUGCUGGCGGUUGUGAAGCGAGAAGUUCAGCCAUGUGGAAGGUAAAGACUUGUAUCUUUUUAUUGUGCUGCCUGGAGUUUCUUCUGCCCACAGGGUCCUGUCGAAAACUGUGCCAGGCUGCCAGAAACAGCAAAAAGAAGGAGUCUUCCAGGCCAGGGGAGGUGUGCACAGGUGUCUGUGUAGCUGGUUCCCUAUGCAGCAAGUUGUGCCCGCCGGGCACUGAGGGAAGCAUGGGAUUUGUCUGCAGGAAGCAGCGAUGGCACAAGGUCAAUGAGACCUGCCGUACCCUUAAUGUCCACAGCAUCUUUGAGGAGAAGUCGACAGUCUACUUUCAAGAUAUGAAUGUCAACAAAUCUCCUGGGAAGUCAGAGACCAUUGCCCACAGAGUACUUCAGGAGUGCCCAGUUGAUCUGUCCUGUGUGACUGGCAAAAUCGUGCAGUCUCCCCAGCUACCUGGAAACAUCGAGGUCAUUGUGCAGCUCUUACACAACAUAUCCACAGAGCUCACGACAGAGGUGGAUGAGCCUAAGAUGAAAAGUUACAGCGCCAUGGCCAACCACAUUCUGAACAGCAGCAGCAUCUCAAACUGGACCUUCAUUCCUGAAAGAAACAGCAGCAGUGUCCUGCUCCACUCAGUCAACUCCUUUGCAAAAAAGCUACAGAUACGCAAGAAUCCCAUCAACAUCCAAGACUCCUUUAUUCAUAUGAUGGGCUCCAUGAUACCUGCAGACAGUGAGGGGAUGAAUUUCACUUUCUCCAUGCCUGUUGAUGAAACCAGCAGGCCUGUCAUGGGCAGUGUCCUGAGCAGUGGAGAGGAGCUGAAGAUGGUGCCUUCCACUUCUCAGAUCAUUUGCAUCGCUUUUCCUACACUAGGAGCCAUUUUGGAAGCCAGUCUUUUGGAAAAUGUCAUUGUGAAUGGCUUUGUCUUCUCUGUCUUCUUGCCUGAGAAACUUAAAAGAAUCUCACUGCAUUUUGAAAAGAUCCACAAAUCAGAGGAGAGGAAGACCUACUGUGUGGGCUGGGAUGAGCUGGAGAACAGAUGGAACCGCAAAGCCUGUCGGAUGGUUGAAGUGAGCUCCCAGCAUGCUGUCUGCCAGUGUUGGCCAAACAAGCUGUUCACCUCUUUCUCCAUUCUUAUGUCACGCCACACCCUGGCGAGCCCAGUUCUGACUUAUAUCACAUACACAGGCUUGGGCAUUUCGAUUUGCAGCUUGAUCAUUUGCCUAUCCAUUGAGAGUUUGGUCUGGUGUCAAGUGACAAAGACAGAAAUCUCCUAUUUACGUCACUUGUGCAUUGCCAAUGUGGCGGCCACCUUACUGAUGGCUGAUGUGCUAUUUAUCUUGGCUUCCUUUCUUAGUGGGCCUGAGACACACUACAAUGCAUGUGUGGCAGUGACAUUUUUCAUUCAUUUCUUUUACCUUUCGGUGUUUUUCUGGAUGCUCGCCAAGGCACUCCUUAUCCUCUAUGGAGUUCUGAUUGUUUUCCACACUCUGCCCAAGUCAGUCCUGGUGGCUUCUCUCUUUUCAGUGGGCUAUGUAUGCCCUUUGGUCAUUGCUGUUAUCACUGUCGGUGUCACUGAACCUGCCAGAGGCUACCUACGGGCUGACGCCUGUUGGCUCAACUGGGACAUGACCAAGGCCCUCCUGGCCUUUGUGGUCCCAGCUCUGUCCAUUGUGGUAAUAAACCUGGUUGUCAUCACAGUGGUCAUCAGCAAGGCCCGGCGAGUUUCCUCGGGGAGCUCCAUGUUUGAGGAAGUGCGAGCCAUCAUGAGAAUCAGUAGGAACAUCGCUGUCCUCACACCACUGCUGGGACUGACCUGGGGCUUCGGGAUUGCCAUACUCAUCGAUGACAGCUCCUUGGCCUUCCACAUCAUCUUCUCCUUGCUCAAUGCAUUCCAGGGCUUCUUCAUCCUGGUGUUUGUGACAAUCCUGGAUCCGAAGAUCCGAGAAGCCUUAAAGGGUCGAGUAAACUCUGCAAAAUGGAUCUCCAGGAUAUCAGAGGUCACUCCCCCAGAAAUGGCAGUGCCUGGUGGAAAAUCACAGUGAUUCUUGCCUUCCACUCUCUGUGGAGUGGUGGAAAGGAGAAGCAUGGGAGGAUGGAGACCACCCAACCUGCCCAUCACCUGUAAAUACCUACAUGACUCUGAGUGUCCCCUCAGAGAUGGAGUGGACCCCUUGCAAGAUCAGGAUCACGGUCUCCUUAGCACCUCUGCCUCCAAGCCAUGGGCCUCAUUCAUCCAGAGGAAGCAGUUGGGUCUUAUCUUUGGCCAACGUGGCCUGGGAAUUUAUCUGCCAGAAUUUCGCAUCUGUGGAGGGAGAAGCUCAUAAAUAGGCACUGAAAGUUGAGGGCUGAAUGGACUAAAUCAUCGCUGGCUUUUUUUUUUUUCUAUGAUAGAAGCGAACUGCCAGCAUCUCCUACUCUGUCAAAGUUCAGUCAAUGGUCAGGCUAGUUGGGCUCAGAUGCCAUUGUCUUGUUCUUGAGCCAUAUGCAAACCAUAGAGGUAGUGCCUGAAAAGAUGCCUAUUUUAACAAGAUAAAAACCCAGAGAUGUGACUCACAGGUUAUCAAUGGCUGAGAGAAGGAGGAAACAUACUCUACAUUUUACUCACGCGUCCCCAAAUCAACAAUAUGUGUGUUUGAUAUCCAGGAUGGGGAAGGGGAAAUGUGUUUCAGAGAUAAAGCUGCUCAUUUUCAGAACUGUGCAUGUAAACAAUCUGGCAUUCAAGGCAAAGGUCACCUGGGAGAGAACCCUACUUUGGUCUGAAGCCUUUUACAGAGUCGUAUUCAGGUAUCUGCCACUGCAAGAAGCCAGGAGAUAAAGUCACAGGGCAGGCAGGAACCCUAAUAGCUUUACUGAGAUGCCAUGUCCAUUAAGAGACACUGAGGUCCCUCGGUGGAUGGGCAGGGCCCCUCUCCCUCUCUUUGUAUCUUUUUCCAUAGAGAAUCUUUUUCUAAGUAGGCAAGUUUGAGAAGGUAAAGAGGACAAUCAGAAGGUAGGGAGAUUCCUUGCCCUGGACAGAGUUUUUGUUCCAGUGAUUGCUCACACUGAAACAACGAUGUCAUUUCUAGAUAGACCGCAAGAAUUGUCUCAGUUCACCAGUGCACCCUCAGGGUCUCCCUUGUAGGCACAGCUUUGGCUUGGCCUCAGGCACAGAAUUCUGCACAGAGAAGUGGCACUCACACAAAGCCAGCACCUUGCAGGGAGUAUGGGUCUCAGAAAGCGAGCCAGUGAGGGGACCCUGCAUGUGGAAAAGUCUUAGCAAGAAGUCCACUUGUUCCACUGUAGGAUGAGCAUGGAGCAGACAGGGAGGACCUGGUCUGUGACCCUGCUGGGCCAUCAGCAGCCCCGUUGGAUGGGAAGCCCUAAGCUCUGGCUUACCCACUUCCUCAAGUAGGAUGAGGGACACCCCAAUGAGGCUCCCUGCUAACAAGGGAGGCCCAGGGAGCCAACAGGGAACGCCUUGAAGAAGCCAAUGUCCUCAUUCCCAACCCACUCUGCACCUCCUGAAAGGAACUGCUGGGUCAGGCUGACUCUGCUGACCCUCAGUAGUGACGCUGGGUCCUCUCAGGCCUCCCAGGGAAGUGACAUGGCUAGGGCCAGAGGGAAGCCUGCUGCUAACAGUGUUAAAGGCAGACUCUAGGGCAGAACAUGAAUUUUGGUCUAUCCCUGGGAAAGUCAUUCAGAUUUGGGCUUCGGUUGUAUGAACUGAACGUAACAGAGCCAACCUCGUAGGAUGAUCAUACGGAUUAAAUGAAUAAAUGUGGGUGAAUUGUUUAGCAAAGUACUUGGCCAGUAAUAAUUGCUCUUUAAAAUUUAUAUUUGUUUAUUAUUGUAUCUAUGACAGCCCCUUCCAAAUGCAGAGAUGUGCAAAUGCACGCAUGGCCUUUUGCAUAGGCUUGGACAUUCAUACCCGCCUAGGAACGAGUUAACUGAUUUCUAAAUAAAAGAAUUAGACUUCUGACUUGCUGUGUUCAAUGUUAGGGUUUCCAGCCAGUGAAAUCUGCAGUGUCCCAUGGAAUGAGGGUUUCACCCAGGAUCACCCUGGUUGAACAAGGCUCCCUUCUCCGUAGGGUACGGUGCACACCCCUGGGGGUUGCCCCGCUUGGUCUCACCUCCUGCCUUCUCUGGGAAACCUUCUCUGGUUUGUGCAGCCAGAAACACCCAUUCUCCCCAGUCAGCUGUCAUAUUAUUUAUAAUCUGUUCCCCUCAUGGUAUGUUAGUAUUUAUUUUUAUGUUGUGUGUUCCUUUGGUCUUUCUGCAUGCCUAUAAAAAUAUAGUCUCCUGGAUAAGGCAGUGAAUUUUGAGGAGCAAGCCUGUGCCUUCUCUUCUUUGCUGUGUUCCUUACAUUUCUCUGUAUGUUUGUACUGCAAGGUGCAUCAUAUGCAUGAUGUGUAACCUCACUGAAUUCAAUAAAUUCUUCCAAUUGCACAA